AUGACGAACAAACAGCUUUCUGACAACGAGGUAUGGGAUGACUCUGCCCUCGUUCAAUCAUGGAACGAAGCACUCGAGGAAUACAAGGUAANNAAGUACCACAGCAUGUCUGCCCGAGGCGAGCGUGUCGAAGAUGUUCUAGAUGCUGUAGAGAAGGAAGAAGAGGCGNCCGUGUGUUCUCAUCGAAUUCCUUCGUAUCAGACAAACCUGCUGAUAAAAACGAACAGAUCCACCACCAACCUCAAGAACGAGACUAUUGAUACAUCAACCGGCCUUCCGCCUUGGAAAUCCGUCGAAGCAGAGAAGGUGAUAAUUUCAGAGGCUGUUGAUGACUCAAGGGUUCAGCGUAUCGACACGGAAUCGAUCAACAACUCGAACCAAGUCCCUCCACCAGGUGUUUCACAAGACCUUCUAGAUUCUGUCCAAGACGAGAAUCUCAAGGCACUCAUGACAUCCUGGUAUUUUGCAGGAUACUACACUGGUCUCUACGAAGGACAGCGAAAAGCCCAGACAGCACAAGAGCAUUCAGCUCACUGA